AUGAGUGAUUCGACCUACUCAACUCGCAUUACCUACCUCACUGCUGAUGAUAUUGCGAGACUUCCUGGGUCAAUGCCAUCAGGUUUCCUUCCUCGACGUCCCAAAGAGCGGAAGUACCAAACGAUGAUCUUGAACCUAGCUGAUGCAGUUGAGCCCAGCCCUUUCUUCUUGACAACAGCUGCUUCAUACUUGCGAGAUUGGGUGACUGAAUCAGCGAUUCUUGUUCCUCCUUUGGAUGUUUCGAUUCUCACUACAUCCUCAAGACCAGCGCUUCAAGUUCAACCAGUGGGAAAUACUGUUCCAGUGGCUGCUUUGGAGCCCGGUGUUAGCAAUGUUAGGAUUGAGAGGGGGAACCCUGGUGGACCCCAAGAAUUGGUUGCCAACCCUCGAAUGGAUGUGAUUUGUGGGAUUGCCAAAACUCUUCAAAAAGAAGGGGUUACGUGGACAGAUGCAAUCAAUAAGGGCUAUGAAUUGUGGGACAAAUUGAACCCCAAUGUCAUGGCGGCCUUAAAUCAAAAUUCUUUUCAAGGCAUUGUUGCAGCAGGGGCUGCUGCUGAAAGCACUAGUUCCCCAGAUCCCCCUGUGGUUGAAGACCUGGAGGAUGAUGCAUCAGUGAUGGCAGAGAUCUUCUCAGGCAGUGGCAUCCUUGCCGAGGAGAUGAGCACUUUGGGUUUUGUCACCAUGUCUGUCGACUACAUUACUGGAGGGGCUACCCAUGAUAUCAGCAACAAAGAGACCGCUAUCAAGAUCGCCAACGAGAUUGUGCAGGAAAAGGUCCACUACGUGCAUUUUGCCCCGCCCUGCAACACGUUUUCCCAGGCGAGGUAUCCUCGACUCAGGAGCAAAUGGCACCCAGAGGGCAUUCCUGGCAUGGAGUGCGAUGUCUUGACUGUUUCCAACAACAUCAUCAAAAACAUGGUGAAGAUGGCCCAGAUCUUUUCUGACAAUCGCAUCCUCGUCUCAAUCGAGAACCCCCGAACAUCGGUCCUGUGGUACUUCCCAGACCUCAUCGACAUGUUUGAGGCCAGUAAGGGCACAGAGAAGUGGAACAUUGUGGAUGUGGACUACUGCAUGUUUGGCGCCGAGUACAAGAAGCGAACUCGCAUCCUUACCCUCCAAUGGUUUGACUACGAGAUCGACGGUGGCUCUGUGUUGGCCAGGCCAACCAAGGGCACUGCCAAGUACCCAGUUCAAUUGGCUCGCACAUGGGCCCGUUACAUGGGUGAGCACAUCAUCCGGGCUCCCAAGAAGGGCAAAGCUGAUGAGCUAUGUGAUGCUGUGGAACAGCACAAGGAUGUGAUAGCUACCAUGCCGUUUUGGGAUGCGUUGGUGAGCCAUAUGAACUCCAUGUUUUCCAACUUCGGUUCAGUGCAUGAGUACUUCAUGCAGACUUAUCCCACUUUUGAUGACCGCACGAAGUUGGCCCACAAGUUGAUGGAGAACUUUCCGGAGUUGGAGCCCCUUUCAACUGCUGACUGGAGUGUUGGGGUGAAAGACGUUGCGCUGUGGCAGUUGUGCUAUCAUGUUGAAGCCGGCAACAAGGGCCUAGUCAUCCAGGAAUCCAUGAAGAACUUGGUGAUGCUAAUUUUGCUACAAGGCCCACGAACCAAUCCCCAGACCCAGGCUGGAACAGAGUACUUGGUGAUCCAACCUCUUAUCCAAUGCUAUUUCUUGGAGCCUUGGCAGAGUGCAACCAUCCAAGAUGAUACCUUUCAAAGCCAAUCCAUCGCUUUCACGAAGGGAUGGACACGUGCUGUUGCAGCGCUGUAUGCAGCUGAGCUUCUCAUUGAGUUCGACCUCAUCGACUACUACAAGAACAACCUGAGUGCGAGCUAUCAGAACUUCUGCAACAUUAAGGGGAUGGUGACUGCAGAGUAUGCCAAUGAGCUAGAUCGCAUCAAUGCGAACCGUGAUCUCACUAUGGGCUCUGUGAUGACAAGGGCAAAGCCAAACUGUUUCAACGCUCUUCAUGAACUUGGCCGGCGUUUGAAGCAUGGGGAAAAACUGAGCUCUCUGGUUGGCAACUUUGACAGUGGGAAGUACCCCAAGAGUGUCUUCGGCAUGGGUCCUUCAGAGUCUGCUGCUGUCAUCAACUUGGUUCAUCACCUUCCUUUGGAAUGUCGGCAAGUCUUGGGCAAUGCAGUGGCUGAGUUUGGCAUUGCAAAAGGCCCCGUGACCCAUGCAGCCAUUGGCUCACCGAACCUUCGAGUUGGAUUCCAGCCUGAGCUGAUCUCUGAUGAUUGGAGCCUCAACAUGCGAAACUCUGAGGACUCAGUGGUCAGGACUUGCAAGAGGCUAGUUUCUGACUUCAAACAAGCUCCACCUGGCCUCCGGAAGUCUGCAACAGCACCUGAUGUUGCAAGAAUGGCUCGCAUCUGCAGAGCUUUUGAUUUGCUGAUGUCGGAGUUGGCUACCCAGCUUCCAGGUGCUUCCUUUGAUGCUGAGAAGCCUGGUGUGGUUGCCUUGUUCGAGAAGCGGGUCUUUGAUGACUACCUUUACUCUUUGAGCGAGGAGUGCCCUGCCCAGCUGGACUUGUCCAAAGUUUCUGAGCUGUCUGCAAUCCUUUCCAAGCACAAAGCAUCGGUGGAGAAGGCUGCUUUGGCAAAGUCCAAAGCUCUACAUCUCCAAGUUCAAACGGCCACCUUCCAGAAGAUGGCUGCAGAUUUGGAGGAUGACAUCGAAGCCUUGAAGGUUUGGACUGAAACUGAGUCAAGGAGGAAAGCCAGUUGGCAAGGCAUGGUUUUGACCCACAUCCGCAAGAGGUAUGUUCGUGGUUUGGAGCGUGUUCGGGAGUUCUGUGAGGAGUCCAUUCGAGUCCGAAAUGGCCCCCUCAGUGGCGCUGAGAUGGAACUGGCAGCCUUCAGAUCCAACAUGGAAGCUGGAUCUUCUUUGAGAUGCCAAGCUGAUUCGAGGUUCAUGCUGAUGGUGCUCGACAUGAGUGUGCCUCCCAACAUGGCCGACAUUGAUGCCUUGAUCCACUCUUGCUCCAAUAUCCUCCAUCAAUCCGGCCAGAAUGCUCUCCUGGUUCUUCUUCCACAGAAGUACAGUGGGCAGAGUGUCAAGUCCAACUUGGCAGCCACCCGCAGGAUUGAGGAUGCUCUUCUUGGAAGUGGACUCAACAUGGAGACUGACAUUGCUGUCCACUUUGCAGUGGACCAAAUGCAUGGAAAUGACAAGAGGCCUUUGGGUGCAAGGUGCCGGCUUUGUGUCAGCGACCAUGUUCCUGAAAGCAACAGCCCUUGGCUGAGCAGUUUGGCUGCACGUGGCAAGCUGUCUGAAGUGCCUCUCAUGCGCAUCAAGGAGAUGAAGCGCCUGACUCCACCGAACCAUGUUGGUGAUGCCAUUGAAGCUUACAACUUGUCACCAGCAGAGCGUUGUCAGCAAAAGGGUGUCAAGGCUGCCUGCAAGAUCAUUGAAAGCUUGGUGGGUGGCACACCAAUUGCUUCGCCUGAUGCCCGACUGGACAUUGUGGAGUUCAACCUUCAGGCUGUUCCUGAUUGGAUCGAGGCUUCUUGGUCUUUGAAGUCCACAUGGGAGACUGACUCUGCAAAGCCUCGCAUUGCUUACUUUGGCAUCAGCAGGGAGCCUUCUGUUCAGAAGGCAUUGACUGGCCACAUGGAAGCCAUUCUGAUGUCUGAGUGGUGGGAGUCACACACAGAUGCUGGGCCCAAGGAGCCAGAGAGCAGCGCCCCGGUCGACAAACCAGUGCUGGCCAUUACCUCAUGGGAUGCUGAUGCCCCAUCCCUGUCUGAUGUUGUGGUUUGCAAAUUUGAUGGUGAUGAGUCGUAUGGUGAGAAAUGGGCUGGGAAAGUGGCCUCAUUCCGGGACUUUGUGAACACCACCGUCACCCCAGUGAUUCGCAGGAAUGCAGGCGAUGCUGAUGGAGCAGGCUGCAAUGCUCCUUCUGGUGAUGGGCCUGACAUGAGUGUGGGCGAUCAACCUGUGGCUGUUGUUGAUGCUGUGUUGCCGGCCACGGCGAAGGCUGAUUUCAAGUCUGCUGAUGUGCUCUUCACUGUCAAGCCAGUGCGACACCUUCCAGCAGUUCACAUCACUAAGAACUAUGACAUCUACCUGUCCCUGGAUGAAUCCAUCCACAAAGCUGCAAGUCUCCAGCUGGAGCCUUUGGAGCUGCUUGGGUUCAAUGUUGGGGAAGUUGUGCCAUCUGAAGGUGGAGACCCGAACCAUGUCAUCUUCUGGCAGUACCACAAUGAUGUGCAAUUGGUGGUGGUGGUGGAUUCGGCUGCCAGCACGAAGUCCACCAUGACUUUGGCCGAGGCGCGAUUCAAGGCGAUGCAGUCGCAUUCGAUUCCUGACCUUGGAGUUCAAGGCCAUGUGGUGGAGCCCUUGAAAGUCGACAAGGAUGGCAGUGGUACCAUGGUUGAGGCCUUCAUGCGAUGCAAAGUUCAACCCAAUCUGAGAGGUGGGAGUGGUGCUGCUGCCCCAGCAAGUGUUGAGAGCUGCGUCAAGAAGCCUGCGACCAAGAUGCUCAAACGCCCAGCAGCAGCAAUGGCAGGUGGCGAAACCUUUGGCGAAGGUUUGGCUGAGAACCCGGUUGAGAAUGAGAAGGAGAAGAAGGAGGGGCCCCGCUACUGGGCCAAGCCAGUCAAGUCCCGAGAUUCUUCAGCAGUUCGAGGUCCAGACAAAGAUGGAAAGGAACACCAAGUUUGCCAGGUUGCAGUGAAGGGUGCACAGUUUGAAGAGAACCACGACAUCGCUAUGACUUUGGCUCGUAUGAUGAAUGAUGGCAAACCCUUUGCUGACAUGAUGCAUUGCCGUGACAUGAUGCUGAAAGAGUUGAAGGAUAAAGUCCUUUCCAGAAAUUCGAAAUAG